UUUUGCAGUAUGCACACAAGCAAGAGUACGAAAGUCUGCAGACCCUCCAGAUAUGUCACAUGAAAGGCGCCCUUGUACAGACUGGUGGGUUUUUCAUCUCCAGCACUUUUAGAUCACUUUAGAGCUGCAGAGCAGACAUUACUCCAGGGUGACAUGGAUUAGCUCUGCAUGCAGCCCUGCGUUCAUUCAAAACCACUGAAGCAGCAGUGCAAAUUAAAAGAGAAGAGGAGCAAAAUGUCUUGGUUUUAGUUAAUGUCACCCACUGCUUGAUGAGAAGAGCUGACAAAGAACGAAAGUCUCAGCGUAGAUACGCACCUGAGGUAGAAACAACAGAACAGGAAACGCACUUAUGUUUAAGGCGUCGUGAGGCUUCACCACCUAAAGUGACCAGGACAGCAAACUCGGUGGCAGCGCCCAUUAACGUGGGACGUGUUCUGUGAAGAUUUGUCCAAUGGAUGCCAUAUUAACACUUCACUUGGCUUAGCACCAUUGAGGCCACUGUGUCCUGAUGAUGAGCGUCCACCACUGUGGAUUAAGAUAAUUCAUUUUUUUUAAUCAAGUUGCACAGCUGAAUGCUCAGGAAUCCAAUAAUGGAAACUUCAACAUUUUAUUUUUAUGACAUUAAUUCCACAUUUCCUUGGGAUGAGGAUGACAAUAAUCCAUGUGUGAAGAAUAAGAUUGCAUCGAAAUUCCUGCCAGUGUUGUACUCGAUGUUGUUUGUCAUUGGACUUGUAGGAAAUGGCUUGGUGUUGUACAUCGUGACGCAAUGUGUGAGGCUCAAGAGCAUGACCGAUGUGUCUUUCCUGAACCUGGCCAUUUCAGAUUUGCUCCUCAUCAUUUCGCUGCCGUUUCUGGCCUAUUACGCCGCCGAUCAGUGGAUUUUUGGAGACGCUAUGUGCAAAAUAAUUAUGGGGUUGUACCACGUGGGCUUCUACGGAGGGAUCUUCUUUGUCACCCUGAUGAGCGUCGACAGAUACCUCGCAGUGGUGCACGCGGUGUACGCCAUUCGAGCGAGGACUGUGUUUUACGGCACCAUUGCAAGCUCUGUAGUUUGGGUGAUUUCGGUUGCAGUUUCUUUUCCUGAAAUUUUAUACAAUUCGGUCAUCUAUGACAACAUCACCACUUGCAGACCCCAGUAUUCACGUUUACAACGGAAAUCCUUCAAAAUUGCCACUAUACUUAAGAUGAACAUUUUAGGGCUUUUGAUUCCCCUUGCAAUUAUGUGUUUUUGCUCCUUCAUGAUAAUCAAACGGCUUCUACGGUGCCAUUCCGUAAAGCGGGAAACCAUCAAGCUCGUUUUCUUUAUCGUGGGGGCCUUUUUCAUUUUCUGGAUGCCGUACAAUAUCGCUUCAUUUUUGGAUGCCCUGCAGACAUUCGGAAUAUUCAGUGACUGCAAGUCGAAUAUAAAUAUCGACCUGACGCUUCAGGUGACGGAGGUCAUCGCCCAUAUCCACAGCUGUUUGAACCCUUACUUUUACAUAUUUGUGGGGGAAAAAUUCAAAAGGCACUUCAUCAAAAUGAUUGCCAAAGUGCCCUUCUUGAAGUGCAGCCUGCUGAAGCCACAUCUGCCGUCAACCGUCAGUUCGUUUUACUCUCAGUCUACUAGUGUAGCGGAGAACAGUGUGGCUUUGUGAAUACGUUUAUUUGAGACUAAUAGAAAUCCUUGGAGUCCAUACCAGCCACAUUUGAGUCCAUACAUCGCUACUAAUGCUCCAUUUAGACUGUUGGUUAAAGUGACUCAAUUUUGAAUUUUGGUUCCUGUCCAGUCUUUUGUCUGACUGUUUGAGAUGAAAUCUGAUAUGGCAGCAUACCAGCAUCCAUCCUGAGUCUGCAGAAUUAAUAAAAAAUAAUUCAUCAGACAGAUGUGAUCAAACAGACAACCAUGAACACCACCGACAUGCCACUCUGUGACUUCCAAUGGUUGGCAGUGCCCGAUGCUAGCAAAUGAGAAGACUUUAACUUCAGGCCACGCCCACUGCCAUCACUCUUGAUACAUCUAUUGUCAUCAGUCGUGACACACCUCAUUGGGUAGACAGUCACAACAUACACAUCGUAGUCAUUAUGUCAUGUCAUAUCAUGUUCUAACUUGCUUAAUGCAGGAAAAGGUUGUGGAGAUUUGGGUGAGGGGUUUCUGAAGCCCAAACCAGCUACUAGAACAGGGCACAAGGCAGGAAUAAACCCAGGACAGGGGGCCAGUCCAUCACAGCAUCAUGAUCAUUAUCAUAAAUCAAAUGAACUGUGGUCAAUUUAAUGAUCAGUAAUUAAAAGAUCAACAUGACGGAGUUGCGGAUUCUCUCCAAUAACCCUUAGAUAGACAGACAGACAGACAGACAGAUGGAGGAACCCUGACCUUAACCGUAAUGAGAUAAUUGUCCGUUUUCAGUGGGUCCAGUAUAAGGAUGUUUCUAGAUAGUGUCGCAGGAGGUACACCUUAAAAUGGAUUUGUCAAGAAGGAUGUAAGUCAGGUGUAGUGUCAAUAUUGGGCCCGGGUAGGCCUGUGCCCAACAGUUUUUUUAAUUGUUUUGUAGCAUACAAUUAUUUUUUUAACAUACAUGGAUUUUAAUAUACAUCUCCCUUGAUUAGUUAAUUAUAAACCUGCUUGAGAAAAUUGCCAGAAUUACAUUACUACCUAAACAGUUAAUUGAACUCUUAAAAAGUAUUUAUAUAUGUGUAUAAAUGGAUGGGUGGGUGCUCCAGUUUUUUCCCAAAGUCCCUCAGGUUAGGAACUGGCGAUAUUGAAUUAACCCUUUUGUGUGUGUGUGUGUGUGUGUGUGUUUGUGUUUUCUCUGUGACAGACUGGUGACCUGCCCACGGUUUGUUCCUACCUUGUGCCCUACGUUAGCUGGGAUAGGCUCCAGUGCUCCCCUCAACCCUGUUUAGGAAUAAGCAGAUUACAAAAUGACUGACUCAAAAUGAUUUUACUGCGCAUGACUACCUAUCAGAAAUAAGGCUGACUUUCACUUCUACCAAUCACAAACACUUAAAGCAUCCAAUGUAAACAGGAGGCUCUCAAUUAGUAGCUUACCGAAUAGAAAAGUUAUGUAUGUACGUCCUGUUGGAGGGGAAUGUGAACAACACAAGAGAAACAUGAACAAUGUCUCGACAAACAAAGCAAACUGAAGAGAACCGCAAAAUGUUCAACAGUCCGACAUCAGCACUGAAACUUUUGGUGAUGCCCCAAUGGCAAAUGAAAACGCUGCCGCUAUGCACUAACUUUAGCGAUGGGUUUCCUACCAACACUACUUAUCAAGAGUGAUAGAAAGUCUACAACACACUCUGCCACCGAUGUCGAAGGAUCGGCCAGGUCAUGAAUGUGUCUGAUCUUCACCAGCCACCAACUCAGUCUGCAACUUCUGUUAUGGUCAUUAAAGGGAGCUCAUUGCUACGUAGCUGAGUGAUUGGAUUGUGAAAGACGUUUUUUGACAAAAAUAUGCAGACAUUUAGAUGAUAACCUAACUUGUGGAUUCAGAAACUGAAAACGUGUCACACAUCAAGUGUGUUCAAAACAUGAGUCAAAUAAAACUCAGAAGGGACAGUACUUUGUAGAUAUAGAAAUAACAGGAAAUGCCAUAACUGUUGCCAAAAAAUGAAUCUGUUUGCUGUUAUGUAACAUUAUUGUUCAAAUUUAUAGCACAUGUUAUUUGGGUACUGCCAAUUGAAUAGUGAAUAAGCAACUCUUUGGGAUUCAUUCAUUUGUAAAUCUCACUCUGAAGGAGUCCGUGCCUCACCAGCCAUGAACCUCAUCUCACGUCACUGGUGGCAGCAUAAAUCUAUUUAGCCUGCCAGCCUAACAGGUAGCUUACAGUGAUGGUGACAGCACAACCAUUAUUUUAUUGUGCAGUCCCAUAUAACGUUAAAUGUAUAAGUGGCCAAUGAAACAAACCAACUAGUCUAAUAUAAUCACAAAAUUCAAUGACAUCAAAGCAUAACAAAUAUCUUUAACCACGAUUCUUGGUUACGUUAUCCUCGCCAACAUAUACCAAAAAACCCAGUAUUACCAUCCAACCAAAGCACAAUGUCAAUGAGUUUCUCCAGUAAGUGUAUGGAGAACUUUUUUUAACUUUUUUGCAUUUUGACUAGAAUUUAUAUAGUGCCUUUCAAGGCAAACACCAUACCAAAGCGUAUUGCAGGACUUUUACAAGGAUAUCUGCAUUUCUACAACUUGAGCACCCGCAGGUCAAGUGGAUCACUCAGGGUCAUCCUGUAAGUCAUUCAUGUGAGUUGAAUGAGUAAUUACAUCAUUUUAUAUUGUGUCUGUCCAGGUGACCAUCAUUUCCAGGGAUAGAUAGAUAGAUAGAUAGAUAGAUAGAUAGAUAGAUAGAUAGAUAGAUAGAUAGAUAGAUAGAUAGAUAGAUAGAUAGAUAGAUAGAUAGAUAGAUAGAUAGAUAGAUAGAUAGAUAGAUAGAUAGGAAAGGCACUAUAUAAUUAAUAGAUAGAUAGAUAGAUAGAUAGAUAGAUAGAUAGAUAGAUAGAUAGAUAGAUAGAUAGAUAGAUAGAUAGAUAGAUAGAUAGAUAGAUAGAUAUGAAAGGCACUAUAUGAUAGAUAGAUAGAUAGAUAGAUAGAUAGAUAGAUAGAUAGAUAGAUAGAUAGAUAGAUAGAUAGAUAGAUAGAUAGAUAGAUAGAUAGGAAAGGCACUAUAUAAUUAAUAGAUAGAUAGAUAGAUAGAUAGAUAGAUAGAUAGAUAGAUAGAUAGAUAGAUAGAUAGAUAGAUAGAUAGAUAGAUAGAUAGAUAGAUAGAUAGAUAGAUAGAUAGAUAGAUGAAAGGCACCAUAUGGUAGACAGAUAGAUAAACUUAGCAUAGCUGGCAGGAUUACAUAGAUAGAUAGAUAUGAAAGGCACUAUAUGAUAGAUAGAUAGAUAGAUAGAUAGAUAGAACCUUUCAUGAUGGGGCAGCACGGUAGCGCAGUGGGUAGCACUGCCGCCUCACAGUUAGGAGACCCAGGUGCACUUCCCAGGUCCUCCCUGUGUGGAGUUUGCAUGUUCUCCCUGUGUCUGCGUGGGUUUCCUCCCACAGUCCAAAAACAUGCAGGUUUGGUACAUUGGUGAUCCUAAAUUGUCCCUAGUGUGUGCUUGGUGUGUGUGUGCCCUGCAGUGGGCUGGCGCCAUACCCAGGAUUUGUCCCUGCCUUGCGCCCUGUGUUGGCUGGGAUUGCCUCCAGCAGACCGCCGUGACCCUGUGUUAGGAUAUAGCGGGUUGGACAAUGACUGACUGACUAACUGACCUUUCAUGAUGUACUACGCUUCCCCUUACAACUUUACAGGUAUAUUACAGUUAUGCCCACCUUCUACAGUUGGUAUAUUCUCAGAUGAAGGGACCUCUUGAGGGUCACACUGAGUCAGUGUCCUUGUGCAUUGCAGUCCAAUACAUAAACUGGCAGGUCAAGACAGUCCUGUGUGUGAAACGUAAAGACUUAUAAAGACUUAUAAAGAGACAAGGACAUUUCUAUGAAAGAUGACUUCAGUGCUUUUCUUUGAAAGAAUUGCAACUUCCUCCUUUUCAUCUUCCUCAUCUGUAGUUUUUUUUUAAUCUUGCUUCUUACAAUUAAACUGUAAAUCAGUGGAUAUGACACAGCAGUGUGUUUGUGUGCGUCUCUAAAUGAAUGAUUGAUCUGGGUAAACAUUGAAUAUUCUGUUGCUUAUACAGUAAAUUAGGUUUAUUUUAAUUACUGUAAUAUAAGGUCUUGGAAUGCAUUCUUUUCUUAACUUUUAACAAGGCAUAUUUUUAUUCAUUUUAAUAAAUACAUUUUAUAUGCA